AUGUCGAACACUGCGGACAUGGUACAAAGGAAAGGCGAUCUACGCGUAGAAAGGAUCACUUUUGAGAAGAAGCUACGCGUAGAAGACGCAGAUACAAUGAUAGGCGUUAUAGAGCAGGCAAUUGAAAGAAGAUCGAAAAGAAUUCAAUCUACAAUUGCAGAUGCAAAGAUAAAUAUAAAUAAUAAAGACGAAACUGAAAUUGAAAAUUACGAACACCGUCUCAAGUUCUAUUGGAGCUGCAUGGAGGGGGAUAUCGCCAAAUUGGCGAUGAAGUACAAAAAGCCACAAUUGCAAAAAUUCUCAGGCGAAUUCCGAGAAUGGCAACCAUUUAAGGAGCUCUUCGAGGAGUAUGUCCAUAAUAAUAAGGACAUAAGUGACUCCAAAAAGAUGAGCUAUUUGAAAUCUUGUAUUCAAGGAGAUGCUAGAUUAAUGGUUAGUCACCUGAUAACGGAAUCAGGUGCAAAUUACAACACUGCUUGGGAAUUACUGGCACACAGAUAUGAUAACGUGCGCAAACAAUUUAACGAACAGCUCAAAAUGGAAAUGGAGAAGGCACAAACAAGUCUCUCCGAUUACCAAGCUUUUGCUCAAGAAAAAUUCGCAGCACUCGAGUCACAACUGGAAGCACAAGAUGUGGAACAUAAGCGUACACUCGAUUCGUAUCGCUUAGAAAUUGAUAACAAACUCUCACAAAAGCAACAACAACUCGAUGAAGCCGAACAACGCGAACUCAAAUUAAAAGAGCGUUUCAAUUUAUUGGCGAUUUCCGAGCAAGAGUUGUGUGAAAAAUUGACUAGCACUGAAAAUGCCUACGCCGCCCGCUUCCAGGCGGCCACAGAACGAGAACAUAACUUGAAUGAACGAGUGCAAGCGCUGACAAAGGAACUCAAUGGGCUUAGAGCUUCCAAUGAGAAUAGGGAACGCGAGUUGCGUGACAAGUUAAAUCUGUCGCAGGAUGAGAUUUCGGUUUUACGAUCCUCACAGCGCAGCUUUAACGAGACCCUGGAUCGCAGCAGUGGCAUUAGUUCGCCAUCGGAACUGGCGCGUCUGCAAAGUGAAGCGGAUAGUUUGCAUUGUGUGUUGGAGUUAAAACAGAAGGAGAUUUCCAAGUUGACUAAACAUAAUGAGGAGCUAAUGCGUGAUGCUGAGGAACGUGGCAUUUUGCAGAGCAAAAUAUCCUUGCUUGAAUCAAACAAUGAGAUGUUGAAGUCAGAGCUGGAUAUCAAGUUGGAGAAGGAGAAGGACUUUCUUCGUAAAAUCAAUUACAAAACAAAAGGGCAAAAGGAAUCUUGGAGAGCUACAACUGGAAGACAAGACGGAAGAGAGUUAUCUUUUACAGAUGAAAGAAUGGAUCUGGAACCGCCUGAUGAAGAGCCAAAUGAAGACAAGACAAUUAAAGAUGCUGACGAUGGGGGUAUGACAAUGGAAGAUGCAGUACUGAAUCUAAGGGCCAAGAAGAAACGGAUGGGAUGUCUACCAAUUAUACACAUACAACAAUUACCGAAAGGCGAAUGCAGUGAAGAGGAGAAUACUAAGGUACGAAAAAAGAAGCCUCACAUCAAAGGUACACCGUCGUCCGAUGUGAAAGAUGAAAAGUCAGCAGGAUACCGUUUUAACGAAUUUGCAGAAAUAGUGAUGAACAAACUAAUUCAACAUAGAAAGAACGCUCAAGUUAGGCCAAAAACUUCAAUUUGUAAUAACUUUGUGGUUGAUGAAAAUCAGUUGCGUUCUCAGUUACGUAUUUAA